AUGAGUGAAAUUGAUAAUACAGUCGAUCAACGCGUUUCAGACGAAAGAGGACGUCGCUCUCGCAGUCGUUCAAGAUCACGCUCUCCUGGUCGUGAUCACAGCGACCACAGAUACAGAAGCCGCUCUCGUUCAAGAGAACCAAUUCGUGAAGAGGAAGACAUCAACCCUGGCGACAAUCUGUUCAUCACCGGCCUUUCUAUUAGAACCAAUGGCGCUGAUUUGGAAGAGCUUUUUGUAAAGUAUGGCAAGGUCAUUAAGGCUGAGAUUAUGUUUGAUCCUCAUACUCGUGAAUCUCGUGGCUUUGGCUUCAUUCGUAUGCAAAACCCUGAAGACGCUGAAAGAGCCAUCGUUGGUAUCAGUGGCACUGAAGUAGAUGGCCGUGUUGUUACAGUUGAAAAGGCAAAGAGAUCUAGACCCAGAACACCCACUCCUGGCCGUUAUUAUGGCCCACCAAAGCGCGGUGGUGCUGGAGGACCCAGAGGUGAUAGAAGAGAUGGCGGUAGACCUCCUCGUGGUGGCGAUGCUAGAUAUGAUCGCUUCUAUGAAAGAUCUUACAUGGACCGUUACGAUCCUCCCAGAUACGAUCGCUAUGAGAGAGAUCGCUACGACCGUUAUGACAGAUACGACCGUUAUGAUCGCUAUGACCGCUAUGAUCGUUAUGACCGCCGUCCUCCACCACCAAGAUAUGAUCCUUACCCUCCUCGUACAAGAUCACCUUACUAA